CACCUCUCUCUCUCUCUCUCUCUCUCUCUCUCCUUUUCAGUCGCUCCCUCACUCGCUCUCGUGUUCCACAGCAGAACCAUGGCAGAAGCACAGACGAACCCAGCGGCCACCUCCUUCCCGGCGCCCACCAUCUCCCUGCCGCUGGGGCUGGACAUCAUCCGGACCUACUCCGGAGUUCUGAUCUGCAUGGAGAUUAUCUUUGGGGGUUUGGUUUGGAUUCUCGUGGCCUCCUCGAAUGUCCCCGUGCCGCUGCUCCAGGGAUGGGUCAUGUUCGUGUCCAUCACGGCGUGCUGCUGCUCCACGGUCUACCUCUCCCUCUUCCUGCUCGGCCUCGCAGACCGAAUCAACACCGACUGGAACUUCAUGGACAUGAUGUACCACUUCGUCGCCCUGCUCUGUUAUUUCGCUGCGUUUGUGCUGGAAGCUGCGGUGACGUCCGGGGCCCAAAGGCCGUACGUGAAUGGCACGUGUGUGCGCAGACCCAGCACUAACAUCAUCACCUUCAUGGACUUCAGACAGUACAGUAUUAAUGUGGUGGCUACGAUAUUUGCCUUCUUCGUGACCGUGUGCUACGGCUGCAGCCUGUUCAUGGGCUUUAAGAGAUGGAGGAAGUGAGGACGAAACUGUGCUGCCAUGCUGAUGCUCCCUGAUCACAAGUUUACUCCAAGUGUGUUAUUAUUAACCACACACACACACACACACACACACACACACACACACACACACACAAGGAUUCUGUUAAUUUAAUAUGGAAGUGUGUUUAGAUUUAACCACAAGAUCGGGUUUAGUUGUGUAAAGAUAAGAUUUGUUCUAUGUUACUUUAGAAACAAUUCUAUCACAAGUGUUACACGUUCUUCAAAAAAACAAUGUGCACUUAGAACACAGCUUUAGGUAAAAGUUUGCACCCCUUACAAUUUCAUUAAUAAAAAAUAAAAAAAACUGCAAAUCUAGUUUGUAAAAUAAAUAAACUAAUAAAAAAAUAAACUUGGCUGCAUCUUGUAACAAGAUAAGAACCUAAAGCAACAUCAUCUUAUUAAAAUCAAAAUGAUUAUUAUUAUUUCUUUACAUUUAUAUUAUUAAGGGGUGUGCAAACUUUUAAAGCGGUAUUUAAUUUAUUUUUCUUUUAAUAUCUAAACUUAUGCAACUUACAUAUUUGUUACUUGUUAUAAUGAAGGAACGAGUUUUUAUUUUGAGAUAAAUUGCAUUUCUUUGCUAAGGGUGUGCAAACUUUUGCACUCACACCCAUAAUACUUAAUUAUUAUUUCAUUUUUUAAGAUAACUUUACUGUCUUGUUUAAGUUUCUAAGCCUAAUCUAAUCUUCCUGACAAUAACUUAUUAUUAUUACAUAUUAUUAUUA